AUGUAUGCAGUUAAAUCAAAACCAGAAAAUCUUAUAAUGUGGAAUCAAGACCCGGUGAAUGAGAUAAAUGGCAAUUUGACAACAGUAACUAUAACUCUAACUUUUAUUAUUCCAUUUAAAAAAUUUGAUUUGUUACUUUGUUUUGUUUCACAAAGUGAAGACACUUCAGUUGUUGUUCCUUUAAAAGGAUUGACAUCUUUUGAUCUUCAAGCUAAACCAGAUGAUAUUGAAAAAUGUAAUGAUGGUAAUGAACAUUUUAUUCUUGAAAAAAAAUUUACUGUAAGUAGAUUAAAAUUAUUAAAAACACUUGACCAAGAUGUGGUAGAAUGUCAAAUCAUAGGAAAUGGACCAAAUGGUUUGUUUUUUAUAUUCUUUAAGUCACUUAAAUAA